AACAAAUUCAGAAAUUUCAGAAUACAGAGUGCUAGAGAGAAGCAAAACAAAAAAAGAAACAGAAAAUAUCGGUUUACCACAUUGGAGAGAAGCUUGAAAAAAAGAAACUAAUUUAUAAAACGGAAAGAAAUAUAAUCUUUCUCUGACUUUGUUAAAUGAAUAGUUAACGAGAAAUUUUAUUCUUUAUUCACAAAUAUGAUAUAAUUAUUUCUUCUUGUAGAAAAAAAAUAAAGAUACCGAUAUGACUACUCUGUUGACAGAAAAUAAGUUCGAAUGUCGGGUGAGUUCUGUGCUAAAUAAGAAUGUUCAAUCUUAUGGAAAAAUGUGUAUGUUUGAUAAUUGCAGUGAAACAUGUUGGAAUUCUGAUGCAGGAAGUCCACAGUGGGUCCUUAUUAACUUUGAAGAAGAAUGCAGUCUCUCCAGCUUUGAAGUAGAAUUCCAAGGUGGAUUUGCUGGAAAAAAUUGUCAUAUAGAAGCUGGUAAUGACAAAAAGGAGCUAAUAGUUGUUGAAUCUUUUUCUCCUGAAGAUAAGAAUAAGCUACAGCGAUUUAAUUUAAAAAAUCAGGUCAGAGCCAAAAUUUUUAAAUUUGUAUUUAAUGAAAGCACUGAUUUCUUUGGCAGGAUCAUCAUAUACAAUUUAUCAUUGUACUCGUGAUAUCCAUUUUAAUGUCUUAAUUAUAACUCUGUACAUUACAACAAAUGUUUA